AUGGCAGAUUCGUCCGCCUCGCCGAAGAGUAGCAAAAAGUCGCACAAGAGGAAGAGAGAGCUCGAUGGUUCUGCUGUCACGGCUGCGACACCAACACCGACCAAGAAGCAAAAGCAACACAAGACCUCGAGCGAAGAUAAACCCAAACGUAUUAAGGACGAAACCGAUGCCAGCCAUAAAGAGGAGAAGGCCCAGAAAAGGAGUGCUGUUUCAUCGGCAAAAGAUAAGACGAAGUCUCCUAAAAAGUCUAAGAGCGCCAAAGACAAUGCUGGAGAUGGGGAUCGUGAGCCAAUUGAGGAGAUUGACUCUGCAAAAGAAAGCCAGGAUGUGACCGAGAAGGACGAGGAGGCAAAGCUGUUCAAAGAUAAGCACCGCCGAAUCUUUUCGAAAUUCGAAAAAUCCCUCAAAGUCUCAGAGACGGCGAAGCUUGAAGGAGACGCCAAGCCCGAGAAACCGGAUGUUAUAACAGCAGAGCCGGUGAUUGCACAGGGCUUGGAGCCUCUUCCACAGCCAGAAGCUGCUCCGGAUAACUUGGAGAAACCAACUUAUUCCUCUGUCCCUCCUUGGCUGGCGGAACCGCUGCGAGUGUCGACGGAGCACCGGAAGAAAUUUUCUGACCUGGGAAUUGAGUCGAAACUAUUACAAAUUUUGAAAGAGCACGGAUACAAUGAAGCUUUCGCUGUUCAGUCGACUGUAAUACCGUUAUUGUUGAAAGGCUCUGAGAGACACCCUGGGGAUCUUUGCAUAUCUGCCGCUACAGGUUCGGGAAAGACGCUAUCCUAUGUACUGCCACUUGUCUCUGCCCUGGAGCCCAUUCCGGCUCCUAGGCUUAGGGGCCUUAUUGUGGUUCCCACCAGAGAACUAGUCAAGCAAGCCCGAGAGGUCUGUGAGCUCUGUGCUGCUGGUUCCAGACUGCAGAUUGGGUCUGCAGUUGGAAAUGUUGCAAUUAAGGAUGAGCAGCAGCUUUUGAUGCGGCUGGAUCAGGUCUAUAGUCCUAAAGCCUUUCAGAUGCGUCAAGAGGAUCAACCUAGUGGUGAUGAUUGGACGAAAUUUAACCUUCAAGAUUACAUCUCCGAGGCUGCAGAUCUCAAUGAGUCUCUGCCUGGCUAUAUUCCGAGGCCAGAGCCAAACGUUGAUAUCUUGAUUUGCACGCCCGGUCGACUAGUCGAUCACCUACGCUAUACGAAAGGAUUCACACUCCAACAUCUGCAAUGGCUGGUCAUUGACGAAGCCGAUCGCCUGCUCAACGAAAGUUUCCAAGAAUGGGUGGACGUUGUUAUGGAUUCGUUGGAUUCGCGGAAAUCCCCCGAAGCUUUUGGAUUCACUGGAAACCUGCUCUCCGACCUUCGACUUCCUCUGAAACCCCGAGAACCGAGAAAGGUGAUUCUUAGUGCUACCAUGACUAGAGAUGUCACAAAAUUGAACUCAUUGCGCCUUGCAAACCCCAAAUUAGUUCUCAUCGGAGAAGAGGCCCCGACGGUGGAAGAAGGAGAUGUCCCCUUACCGAUUACUUCAGAUGGACAGUUCUCCCUCCCUCUGACACUGAAGGAAUUCACCGUCUCUGUUGGGGAUGGAUCCAAGAAACCACUCUACCUGCUGCAGUUACUGCUGUCCCUUGUCAAAGUGGAACCCAAUAGCAAGGCCAAACGUGCUGUGUCAGAGUCAUCUUCCUCCGAGUCGGAAAGCACGAGCUCUAGCGGUUCAAGCUCGGACGAUUCGAGCUCUGUGGAUUCAGACUCGGAUUCAAGCUCAGAAACAGACUCAUCUUCUGAUGAUGAUAGCUCAUCAUCCGAAUCCUCAUCCGAUUCUGAUUCCGAAUCCUCCUCAGAUGAGUCUUCUGACGAAUCUUCUGACGAAUCAGAAUCCGAGAGUGAAAAGGUACCUGUUAAGUCUCAAGACAAGGCUGGUCCGGCACACACGUCGGUCUUGAUCUUUACCAAGUCCUCCGAAUCCGCGUCCCGAUUGUCGCGCCUUAUUUCUCUUCUACACCCUUCCCUGUCGAACAAAGUUGGAACUAUUAUCAAAUCCAGCACGUCGUCUGCCUCUCGCAAGACUCUCACAGCUUAUCGGCAAGGAAAGAUCUCUGUCAUUGUCGCUACUGACCGAGCCUCUCGUGGUCUUGACCUUCAAUCCCUUACCCACGUGGUCAACUACGACGUUCCCAACAGUGUCACCACCUAUGUUCACCGUGUCGGACGUACUGCACGUGCAGGUAAAGAAGGUUCGGCCUACACUCUUGUCGCACAUCGGGAAGGCAGAUGGUUCUCGCAAGAAAUUGGCAAAGGAUCCGAUGGAAAGAUAAAGAGAUUGAACAGCAUUGAGAGGUUGAAUCCGAAGCUGGAAAAUGCCUCCGGCCUCAAGUCAAGAUAUACAGCAGCGCUUGAUGUGCUUGAGACCGAGGUCAAGGCCAAUGGAAGGAAGGUCCCUACGAAGUCGAAACAAAAAUAG